AUGGAGCGCCUGGAUCGAGAUUUCAGGAAGAAGCGCCUCUUGAGUAAAUUCGAACCAAUUCAUUCGGAGGAGGAAGAUAUUUCUCAGUACCACAACACCAUUGUACCGCAUCUCAGUGAAAAUUCCACUGUUCCACCGGAAAUUCUGCAAUUUGACUACUCCUUCGGCUAUAACUGCAAGAAGCUCUCGAAUCUCUGUUUGAUCGAUAGGAAUGUCUUGGUUUUUGCAUCUGGAAAUCUCAUUCAUUUCCUCAACAUUUCAAAGGUCACGGUCACAGUGCGAAGGAGUGAAGGAGGAGUUGGAAUUGGGAGCAUUGCGGUCAAUCCAAAAUAUAAUUUCCUAACAGUUGGUGAGAAUGGGCAUUAUCCGGUUAUUUAUCUCUACGAAUAUCCACGAAUGACUGUUGUGUCGAAGCUAGUGGGUGGUGGAAAGGCAACAAUAUCCUCCCUGGCCUACAGCAACAACGGUGAGAUGUUGGCAUCCCAAUCAGGUCUCCCAGAUCUCCUGCUGACUAUUUGGAAUUGGCGCGAAGAGAAGAUUAUCCUGCAGCAAAAAUCCUUUAGCUGCCCCGUGUUCAAUCUCCAAUUCUCAGCCAUUAACGACAUGUCCCUGAUCACCUGCGGAGUGGGACACAUUAAAUUCUGGAAGAUGUGCCAAACAUUCACCGGCCUAAAGCUCAAAGGGCAACUUGGGCGAUUCGGCAAGACGACAAUUUGCGAUAUCUACGGCAUCCUGGCCAUUGAGGAAGAUAAAAUCCUUUCGGGAUGUGCCUGGGGGAAUAUCUUAGUGUGGGAAAAGGGAAGAAUUCAGUAUGAGGUGUGUCGAAAGAAUCGCCGUCCAUGCCAUUCAGCCCCAAUUACACAGAUGCUGUGGCAAAGUGGUGAAGUCCUCACUAUUAGUCUCGAUGGCUACGUUAAGGUUUGGUAUUGGGAUACAGUUGAAUCCUCAAGUCCUUGCUCCGAAGAUGAAGCUUUCAUUGAGAUUGAACCUCUCUACGAAUACUUCAUUGGAAACGCAACCCGGUGCAGUGAACUCAUUUCUCUCGUCAAGAGAAACCCAAAUGAUCCUCAGGACUACAUGUGGCUGGCACAGGAUGGCAAUGGGGGUGUAUGGUUGUGUGACAUUAGCCCUGAACCCUUCCCCAAGCCACCUGUUUUGAUCUUUUGCUGCCACGCUGGGGAAAUUAUGGCUAUUUCUGCGAGUCCAAUUACAAAUCAUAUUGCAACUCUUGGGAAAGAUGGUCGUUUGCACAUUUAUGAUUAUGAAAAUCAUCAAUUAAUCCUUCAGCAUCAAUUCCACGCGCCAGGAAGUGAUAUGAUCUGGUUGCCAAUUGAAUGUGAUUCAUCGGGAAGUACUCUUGUGACUGCCUUCCAAGAUGGAGCCCUUAGGAUUGUCUUCUUGGACAUUGUGGCAAAGUCAAUUCAUCUCUUUCAAGCCAUUAAAGCCCACAAGGGACCUAUAAAGUCCCUAAUCCUCAAUCCCCUAGCCAGCCUUUUAGCUUCCGGAUCAGAAGAUCAAACAGUCUUCAUUCAUUGCCUCAGAGAAGAAGCGAAAUUAAUUAAUGUCCAGCCCAUUGGGCUAAUACGAAUGCCUUCGGAAGUUGUUGCCUUAACGUGGAAUCCCAGAAAUUCCAAUUGGCUCCUAAUUGGAUGCAAACAGGGAGAAAUUCUUCAUGCAAACAUCCCGGAAAAUCCUGAAUUCUUCACGGAAAAUACAUUCUUCAUGAAAAAUGUGGAAAUUCAGGAAGUUCUCUGCCUCCCAAUGAAGAAGGAAGUUCAACGAAUGAAACGUAUUACGGAAGUUUGGUACAAGAAAGCCAUUAUGAAGGAAUUCAUACCGAGAUAUGCACCAAAGGUAACAAUUGUUAAUCCUCCAUCUGUGCAUGAUUCCCAAGAAUUCACCGCAAGCUUCCAGAGGGAGGAGGAAGAAGUGGAAAUAAGUGAGGAAGAUCCUGGAGAAAUUCUCUGGAUGAAAUUCACGGAUGAUGAUGAAGCAUUCUGGGUUGCAAUGUCCGGAGAUGAAUGUGGGUAUUUGUAUGAAUAUAAAUUUAAUGAGGAAUUCAAUCCUGUUAAAUGUAUUACAAUUCCCGAAGCGGAAGAUCUGGAAAUUCGAUCGUAUCUGUACAGAGAUAAUUUAAUUGCUUUCGGAAUGAGCAACGGCAUGAUUCGUCUUACAAGGAUUCAGGAGGAUUUCCGCCUAUUCAACGACUACUGGCAACUGGGGAUGCACGAUAACAAAAAAGGAAUUAUUCCACGUUUAAUAAACAGCCGCGAUGGGAAGUUUCUCUUCUCAAUCGGUCACGAUGGGAAUAUCUUCUCCUAUCGAUGGAAUUGCCCAGAAACAUCCACUCCUCAACCCCCUGACACAAUUCCCGGCAAUUCCUUCCCGAUUAAUGCCCCAAAAAUCCCUGAUAGAGAUUUUUCUUCAACCCUCUCCCUCGAAGAGGAAAAACAAAAAAUCUCCGAUGAACUCCGCAAGAAAGAAAGUCAAAUUAAGAAGCAAAAAGUUCGUGAUAUCCUCACGACGUAUCGCGGGGAAUUCUGCAAUAUUGUCCAGAGGAAUUUGCAGCUUCCGGAAGAGCAGAGAAUUGGGAAUAGUGAUGAAUUGCAAAUUGACGAACGGAUUAAUAGGGAUUUGCAGAAUUCCCUUGAGAAGGAGAUGAAUUUGCUAAAGAGAAAAAUGGCAUUUGAUGUUGAGAAAGCAAAAUUAGCGAGUAGUAAGAUGAUGCACUACUUCAUUGAACCCCUUGAGACGUACCCCAUUGAAGUAACAGGACUAAACACACCGAAGAGUGUUAAAUCCUUUAGAGUCCAGAAACUCAAUGAAGAGUAUUUUGCCUGUAAAUCAGAUUUGGAGAGAAGAAUCCUUCUGGAUGUGGACAAAAUUACGACGAAGGAACAGAGAUUAUCCAUUGAACUGAAUAAAAAUCUAAGCUACAGCCAUAGACCUAUAGUCCCAGAAGCAGAGGGCGUCAAGAUGAAUCGCAUUGAAUCCUUCCUGAAGGAUCUAACAGAGACAAAGAGUACGUUCAAUUUGCACAUGAAAAUGCGACGUCUUCUCAGCAAAUACCAAGAGAGGAAAUCCCGCGAAAUGGACAGGAAGCGUGAAUGGGAGUGUGUUAAUGCCCAAAAGCCCAAUAUAAAUGUCAAUCAUCCAGACGAUGAGAAAGCCCUCAUUGAUGCAAAAGCAACAAUUGGUGAUUACAAAUUGAAGACAGAUUUGAAGCAUCUCAAGACCGAAGAUGGUCACAAUAUGCUCCUGGAUAAAUACAAUGAAAUCCUCAAAGUUCGUGAGGAGAUUUUUACAAAGAAAAAUGAAUACAAUGAGAAAAUUUUCUUUUUACGUCAACGAAAAGCUGAUCUUGUUGCCCACAUUGGGCGUCAGAAUGAGAAAUUGCAAGAGAUUCAUCGAGAAAUCCCUCCGGGAGAGAGGAAAUUCCUCCCCUCCCACACGGAGAUCAAUGAGAAAAUUGAAUAUCCGGAGAUUUCUCUGAAACUCGUGAAGCAGGAUGAUAUCUUUGGUGUUUCACGGGAAGAUUCCUCCCGGAAGAGAUCGCAGGAAGAUCAAAUUGUUGAAGAAUUUGACAUUGAUGCCCUUGAGAGGGAAAUUCUCUACCACACUGAUGGGCAAGAAGAACAAACAACGUGGGAAAAUGAGCUUCGUUCUGCCCGAAUGACAAGGAAGCUCUUUGAACAGAAUCAACUAACUGAGGAAAUUGCCGAAAGGAUUAGAGAUUUCGAUGAGAAUCUCAUUCAGCUCGAUCACGAACGUCUCAGCGUGGAGCUAGAUGUGAAAUUCCUCGAGAUUCAUCUUCUCACCCUCAAUGAAGAAUUAGAAAUCCUGCGAGAUUUCGAAAACAGAGAAGUUAAUCUCGUGGAAAAUGUCGAUGCAAUGAUGCUGGAAAAUAGCCAACUUCUCGGUACAAUAAUGAGUCAUGAAACAAAGCUGGAGACCCUCAAGAAGAAUCUGCAUAAACUCAAGGAAGAAGAGAAGACUUUUGCGACAAAAUUCCAGGAAAAUUGCAGUGAAAGUCGCUUCUUUAAGAUCUUCAAGGGAAUCUUCGAAGGGAAGCAUGGUUCUGUGGACUUUCCCCCGGCAUCCCUCAGUUCAAUUGAUAUUGGAAGUCAGGAAUGCUCCUUCCGGUACGAUGAUGAAGCAAUUGAUGAGUACGACAGAGAAUUGUAUCAUUUUGUGCUACAGCUCCGAAGGCAAAUGCUGGGAAAUGCUGAAGCUCAAACAAUGGAACAGCACAAGAUUACCGAGACAAAGGCAACUCUUGAGAAAUUAACUGAAACCAUCAAGAAUGUCCAGAAGGAUUUAGCUGAGAAGCAAGAGAAUCUUCUAAAGUCACGGAGAGAGAAGCAAAAACUCCUGAAUGACGUCAAAACCGUUGUGAUCUUGCGAAUGGAUCAACUCCAGUACUUCCGGGAGAGGCAGGAUUUUGAGAAUGUUGAGAAAACUCUCCUUUUCACCAAUGAAAAUGUCGCAAAGCUCUAUGCUCGCGUUGGACAGCUCGCUGUUGAAACUGUUGAAGCCAAGAGGAAGCAUCGUGUUAACAUUGUCCACCUGUCUCGCCUCAAGACUGAUUGCCACUGCAUGGAGAGUGAAAUAGCACAGCUGAAGAUGGACAUCAAGUCAACAAUGAUGAAGAAAUUCGGCAUGACGGUGAAUCUCGAUGAGCUACAGGAAGCCGUUCUGAGGCGUCUUGUCUACGAAAUUCGCCUCAAUAUUGACACCAUUGCUGAGGAUUUCGACCGAAAGACCACGGAGCAGAAGAGAAUACUCUCAGAGAAGAAAAUUGACUACAUCCGGGUGAUACGAGAGGGAACGGAUAAGCUGAAUAUCCUUACAGUUCUGCAGGAGGAACAGAACUUUCUCAGUGAAUUGCUCGCUCAUCAGGAGAGGAUUCGUGAAAAUCGCAAGACAAGACGCCAAAUUGACUUCUCGAAAGAUCUCGAGAGACUCCGGGAGAUUGCUAAGCAGCAAAAGGCACAAAUUGAAUCACUUCAGAGGGAAAUUCGAACGCUUAGCCUCAAGUGCAAACCCUUUGGAUCCCUUGGCCCCGAUAUCUUGAUCACACCACGCGAUCAUAGCGCCCCAUUUGAGCAGAAAGAGUACGAGGACUCCAUCUUUGCCAGUGUCAUGGAUUCCCUGCCAAAUAGUGAUCGUGGAGGAAGCCCUGACUUCCUCCUUAGCAUGGAAAUUGCCAAUAUUGUCUCAGCCUUCGUGGUGAAAAGUCUCGGAAAGCGUUUUGGGGAGAAGCACGUGAAGAGAUGUUGUGACAAUCUCACAAAAUACUUCCUCAACGUUGCUAAGAAUUUUGACUUUUCCAAGAGCGAAGAACUCCUCCCGUGUAUUGUUCAGGAUUUCCAAGCCUACCUUCCGGAUGAGUGCCGUUGGACAAUCUCUGCAGCUGACAUUGCCAAUGUUUUCGAGCGGAUCAUCACGAAAUUCCGCACAGUUGAGAAUGAUGUGGAUUUCAAGGAUGUCAUCUCGGGAAUUGUCGAGAAUUCCGUGGAAAUUGUCACGGUAACCGGGGUGGAUACGUACACAGAUGCCCUGAUUACGGAGAUCUUCCGGCAAAUCUGUGUAACCCUCCAGCUGAGUGAUUUCACCGACAAAAACCACAUUAAUCUCCUUGUGGAUGCUGUUGCAACCAUUUCUGAUCUCAAUCUUCAAGAGGUAAACAUUGAGCGAAUCGUGAGGGAUGUUGAGGAAUUUGCCACGACAAAUCUAACAGAUGACAUUGAUUCUAGCUUCAUAAAUACCCUCAUUGGGACAUUUGUCGACAAAUUACGAAGCAAAUUAGCUUAAGAACUCCUCGUAAAUAAUUUAGCUGUGUUUCUUUCAGACAUAACUUUUGUGUACCGAGCAAAAAUCCAACAAUACCUCAUUUUUGAAAAUCGGUCAAGCCGUUUAGUCAAUAUGGCCGCCACAAUUUUUCAUUGUAAAAUCGGCCAUAACUCGAGAACGGCUU